CGGGUGCAAACAUUUUUUUUUCCUUCAUCACAAACAUUUGCUCAACCCACUAGCCCUGAACGAGCAAGACGGUGGUGGUCCGCUUGUUUUGUCCGAUGCCUGCACCUUUUUCCAUCAUACCCACCUCGACCAAGAUACUGCCGCUACAGGUUCAAGCUCUGGUACCAAUCUAGAGGCAGGCCCCCAGUCACUUCUGCCCAGACCACCAGGCGGACGGGUCUGGUCUGCCGACAACAAAAAAGGGUAACUUACCUUGCCUGUUCCCGUCUUGUCUACGAUUUCCCAGCUCCUCUGCCCACAGCUCUUCGUGGGGGGCCCUUAUAGCAUCGUGACCCCUGGCCUUAGCACACACGAACCUGUCCCACUAUUCUUUUACCACACAGCUACGAUACAACACACACACCUCUCUCCAGAGCGCGCGCCCUUGUACUUUCUACCUCUGCCUCUGAACCUACCUUGUCUUCAUCAAACCAGAACACCCGGCUGAAGCAGCAUCCUAAGACUUGCUUGUUUGCUGCAUAUCACUUUGCCUCGCUCAGCGGCCCCAUGCAAAUGUAAAAGAGAGAAAAAAAGUAGACUUGCCUGGCAGAACUGGGGGCUUGUCCUCACCACAAACGACGAGUUGUGUCCCGCCCGGCCCUGAGUCGCCAUUUUACUCGCCAGUCCCGUCCUGCUACUCGCACUUGUUCCAAGCAUCUACCCGUCUAUCCGUCCCUGUUCGUACCAGGACUUGUACUGCAAACUGCUCGACAAACAACGGGCGGCGGGUCCCCCCUGCAUGCAUGCCUCUGCUCAUGCGCAAAUCUAGAUUGGCCACUCUGUGACACCGGUCUGUUGCCUGCGGUCGGGCGCCAUCUGAGAUAUUACAGGUUGUUUCCUAGCUCCCCCACCUCCAAUCAACCAGGCACUGGCGCCGCAUCGGAUUCUGCUGCCCUUGACUGCUUCCGACAACUAGGGCUGUUCCAUUCGAGCUCUCCAGAAAUACCUGAUCAUAGGUUACUACUAUCUGCUUAACACAAGCACGUCUUAUUUUUGCCUCACACAAAGGUGCCCGGAACCCUACUUUGGAUGAACAGACUGGGCCGGGAACCUCGAAACCGGAGUCAGGGGCUGGUAGAGCAAGGCACACACGGAGACCGCAAAUCUCCAUCACCCAAUGUCUCAUAGCCACUCUGAGAACAAAGAAGGACCCGUCCUUCUACAGCUACUUUCCAGGGAGUGUUGAUUACGAUCUGCUUGGCUACCUCAUCAGCAGGCUUGUGCUUCCACGGACGACUGAUACAACAAGAACCUAGGCCUGACUGUCUUCAAGGGCGAGACGGCUUAUUUUAUUUUCUUUGUUCUCCAAGGGCGCCAUCCCAGCCAGCUGAUUUUCACCCCCUGACGAGCACUACGGGCUCUGCAAAGUUCCAGUUGGACGGGAGCUGGAGCUCUGGCAGGACCGGCAAAGGAGGUGCGAACAUACUUAUCUGCAGGACUUCUUUCGCCCAUCGACUCUCGCAUUUGUCUUCUCUUGAGCUUCCAUCCGUUGUCAACCUCGCCGCGUCGGCUCCUGGCCCAGAUAUCAGCUUCUACUAUAUACAGCACACUUGUCAUCGACUGGACUCGAUUUUGGGGGGCAAGUUAUAUCACACGAGCCGUCAUUAGUGACAAAACCACAAUCUCCUGCAAAAGCCUACCUGUGGUUUUGUGCCAUUUUUGCUCCCGCCUGCAUCUCGUCACACCUUCCACGACUUGUUGGUCUCUCUGGUUACGAACACAACCGCUCGAGCGCUGAAGCACCGAACUUGUAGCACACAAAAAAGAAUACCCCUGGAACUCGAAAUUUUCCCAUAUUGUCAAGUUUGGGACGCACAACAUCGUUUGCUGGCCCACCGGCGAAUCUGGCCAAUCGAUACAGCUGGCCGGUUUGUUCACACCCGCGUCAUCUCUUACCAAGUAAAUUUUCUCACCUUCGUAGGGGAAGGUCGCUGCCAUCUUGGAAGUUGCGGCAGAUCUACUCGAGACGUUUUUAGAUUCCAAGGCUUGGAUUACCUCGGGGGCAAAUCCGCUGUCACGAUGGGGCGCGACUACCCUGAGCAGUCCGGAAAGGCAUAUUACCGUGGCCAGCAGUGGGAUGAAGAAAGGACCCAUACCACCACACUGGCAGGUAACUACGCUGACCAUGGCCGACAUGGAGUGUACUUUGAUGAUGGGCGACAAGCAGCAUACGCUGAAAAUGGACGAUAUCCCGGAUACCCUGAUGAUGGACGAUCAAACGCAUAUGAUGACAACGGAAGACAUGCAUGGUAUGCCGACAAUGGGCGCUAUCAACACUUGACAGGAUCGAUGCCUAUCGAUAUGGCGCUCCGUGAGCACUGCAGGAUUCCUGUCAAGAGAUAUUUCCUAGCGGUUCAAACCGACGACGGGAAGAUGCUUUACAUGCACAGUCAGCAUAAGCUGGACGAGAGGGAUGUCUUUAACCGAAUGGGUUUUGAUGCCCUUGUCCCUGAGAGGGACCCCAGGCGCCGCAAUUUUGAGGCACAUGAAUACGAUGCAUACGGAGCGUUGGGACACAGAGGCACAUAUGCAAGGUUGGGCCACACAUACGACGGACCUGACGCAGAUGCUUGGGAAGAGGGCGGAUACGUUAGUGGACCACCCAAAGCUCGAAAGCGCCACCGUGCCCAAGCCAACUUCCGUGGCGGCCCAGACUCGGCAACUGGAGACAGCGACUUGACAAGUGCAAACACCCCGGUUCCGCAGCACAGAGGAAUCGUCAUGGCCGAUCACCAAGUCAUCAUGGAAUUCUGCGAGACUCGCUUCAAAAACCUACAGCAGAUGGCCUGCAAGAUAGUUGCAAAGGCAUGGGUCAAGCUCGUUGAGCCGAAGAAGCAGUCGAACCACCCUUACACCAAUGGAGAUAUCAACGCUCCUGACUGGUGGCCUAAGCCAUGGGGUCCAGGCAAGGACGAGAAGGUGCGGCACAAAGAGCCGGACCACCUGUGGAAGAGAGAGAGGAUCUAUCUUUUGAACCACAUUCUGCAGCUGAUUGUGCAGCCGAACCACAAGCAACACCCAGACAUUCAAAAGCUGAAGCUUAACGUCGCCAAGCUCGAAGAGGCCACGGCCGAGGCUCUGUCGUCAUUCUUCCUGGACAAGGAGAACCCCGGCAAUGCCAGGAGGAAGGUGUACCUGAAAGAGAUAUUCAAGGUGGCCAAGGCUCAGGAAAGAUUCCUCAACGGCGAAGUUGAUGGUGACUACAAAGUGUGGGUGAACGCCGACGACAAGUUCACCGAGGAGAUGCAGAGUGGAGAUGACCACAUUACCGGAACGAUGAAUCAAUCCGAGGAAGAUAUGCGUCAGGUUCAAAUGGGAAGAGGUUCCGCACCUCCUUCUCAACAAUCGCCGCUAAAGUCGACAAUGAUGCAACCUGGCUUCCCACCUCAUGGUCUGCCUAGCGCUGCUGGACCCAGCGGCGAUCACACCCCACCCCCUAUGGCGCAUGGCGGCGGCGGCGGCGAGCAGUUUUUGGGCGGGGUCCCGGUUCGGACCAUGAACGACAUGCCCUCGUACCAAGCCCAGGAAAUGUAUCCCGGCCUCUCAGGCUCGAGGCGGUCCUCAUCGAUAUAUGGACUGACGACAGACUAUGCUCCUGGUGGCGCCAGUGGAGCGGCUGCUCUCCACGGCAUGUACACAGCCCAAUGGUCCCAUCAAGGGCCAGCAUCGGCAACGACCCCGACUUCUGCGACAGGUAAUCCUGCCAUAAACUUUGCCUUCACCUCGCAGCCUCAAACGCUGCCACUACCCGCCCCAUUCGUGACCCAAGCCGCCGUCCAGGCAAGCCAGCAUGCGACCGCGGCUCCAGGAGCUGCCUACAUGCCCUUUGCGCCAGAUUCUCUGCCCAAGGUUGAGUCGGCCAGUGUUGGUGGCGCGCUCCAUUCACCCGAUGGCCAGCACGCUUCAUCUCAUCAUCAGUCCCAUACCAUGAAUCUGGCUCGCCACCCUCUCCCCACUGCCCCUGGAAUCAUGAACCACGCUCCCGCCAACUAUCCUGAGUAUGGCGCACAUGAGUCCCGCCACAUGCCGAGACCGCUAUCAUGAACAGCUAGCUAGCUACAAACGGCGAACCUGACUACCUACCUACUACUUACUUCUGUAUUCCUUAUCUCCCUAUCCCAUUCCUAAGAUUCUUUUACUUGUCUCUAAUCUUUACGAGUGGGUUGGCACCCGUAUCUUGUCUUAUUUCUUUUCUCUUCUCAUUACAAGAGCUGAUUUUUUUUUGCUUACGACUUUUAUUAUUUUCCUCUUUGCCAUAUUCGUCACGAUGACAUCUACGGCAGUAAAUGGGAACCGAGCAUGCAGAAAAAAAAAGACGAAAAAAAAAAGAAAAAAAGACUCCUGUUUCUUGAUCUAUACUCAUGAUAGAGACGAAACUUGAAUCACGGCCAGGUCAUUUGAUUUGUUUAUCGCUUUUAUGCGUUCUCUGCAUCUUUUUUUUUCUUGUUUUUCUCACAUAACAAAACUCAUCAUCGAUUUCUCAAUUUUCCUUUUGGUCUACUUCAUAUUGCGACUUGGGUUUCACGGCGCAACUCUAAUACCUUAUCCACGGCUCUCAUGCAUUCGGAAUUUUCUUUUGCUUGUUCAUCCUCUUCUGCGAUCCACUUGUCUCUGUUUAAUUCUAUCCUUUGGGGGGAGAACAAUCUCCGUGGCGUUGAAUCUUUGGUGUUCACUUGAGCGAGCGGGUGUAACAACGAAGUCACUGACUUGAGGGGGAAAAAAAGCAACUUGGAGGUUCUUUUAAGUAACUUGUCUCAGGAUGCAUCUAGUCCAAGCCUCUUUCUUGGUUUCUUUUCUUUCUGGAAUUUGAACGAAACAAAAAAUUCUUUGGAUGCGGAAAGUAUCAGCUGCCCGACAUUGCGAGGCGAGUGGGAUGGGAUGGUGAUGCAUAUCAUCCUACUAGGGAGCGUUCCAGCAUGGCUCCCAUUGUGUGGCUAUUUGCUUUUUCUUUUGUUGCUAUUUGAUCUUUUCAGUUAUGAUACUCUAUCAAGUAUAUGCUGGGUGGCUAGGAUUACGACUUUUAUUUUGAGAUAUGAUAAUUUACUAGCGUUCACCUCAACCCUGUUCCCCCC